AUGGCAACAAAGUGGUGGAAAAUAAUAGCCUUGCAAAUAUUGAUGACUACUAUAAUUUGUUCAAUCGGAUUGGAGCUUGAUGAUGAUUCAAAAUUGUCCAAUGAAAAAAUGAUUUCGUUAUUUAAACCACUUUUAGAGGAUAUAUCUAAUCAACAUGCCAUUAAAGAUAAUGAAAAAAUAGAGAAAACAAAGAAUUUACAUCUACCAUUGUCAUUGACAUUGUUCAAUGGAAAAUAUUUUGAAAAAUUCUUAGAGAACGAUGAAUUAAAAAAUGAGGAUUUACAUCAAUCGACAUUUAAAAAAAUUCGAAAUAUACGAAAUGUAAAUAGCACUGACAAUGCUAACAAGAAAAGUAGAACAAAUUUAUGUUAUUUUAAGCUUUGUGGCAAAAGAAUCAAUGACGACCAUGACAAGUCCAUCCGUAACGUACCAAAAAGAAAUAACAAUCCACAAUAG